AUGCAGUCCUUGUUUUUGGAUUCACAGCCAGGGGCGCUCCAGAAUCUGGACGGUCACAAGUCAUAUGCAGCCAAGGCAUUUCGAUCAGGGAGCGACGCUGAGAGAGAAGUUGGGAUCAUGGCCAAGCUCCGGGGCUGCCCUGGAGUUGUCUCCUUCAGAGAUUUCAUCAAGGAGAGAGAUGGAGGACAGUGUUUUGGGAGUAUUAUUAUGGAACUAUGUGGAUCUAGUCUUGCUGAUUGCUUGCGCGUUUCCGGGCGGAUGAGCGAAGAAGAAGCAGCUCAGAUUGUCAAGCAGCUGGCAGAGACUCUCAAAGAGAUGCAUUCGAGAGGCAUAAUUCACCGGGAUCUCAAGCCGGGCAACAUCCUUUUCAAGCUAGACGCGCGCGACAAAGUGGUGAUUAGUGACUUUGGUAUUGCCACAGACGACCCUGAGGAGAUGUUGCAGUACUGUGGCACGGCAAAGUACAUGGCACCCGAGGUGGCAGAGAACAAGGAUGGGAGCUUCUACACAGCAGCUAUCGACGUGUGGGGGCUUGGAGCAAUUUUAUACGAGAUGCUGGGAAAGGGAGGAUAUCAGCCGAGUGAAGCAUUUGAUUGUGUGCGACAGGGGGCAUCCCCGGUUGGUCCUUUCUCGUUUGUAGCGGAGGAUCUCCUUGACAAGAUGCUGGCUGUGGAUCCGAAACAAAGGCUGACAGUCGAUCAGGUUCUACAACACCCUUGCAGAAGCAGCAGCAGUAAGAUCUACAGGACGUGGAGGAGGCCCUGUGGUGCGAAAAGGAGUGCUCCUGGCCUCGACAAGGACUUGGUCGUGAAGAAAGUUCGAGCGGUUUAA